AUGCCAAUACCUCUUAAAAAUGUACUUGAUGAGGCAGUGAAGAUUAUAAAUUUCUUAAAAUCUCGACCAUUGAGCACAAAACUGUUCACAAUUUUGUGUGAAGAUAUGGGAAGUAUGCAAAAAUCACUACUUUACCAUACCGAACUCUGCAGACUUACUGAUAAAAUUUGGUUAUUUCGACUUAGUUACUUGGCUGGUAUUUUCACAAAAUUAAAUGAAGUGAACUUAUCAAUACAAGCAUUAACAGAUUUUUGGUGCAGUAGGAGUAUUACUAACGAAUAUCAAUCUCUGGCUAAAAAAGCUAUCUUAGCACUUCUUCCUUUCGCAACAACAUAUCUAUGUGAAACUGGAUUUUCAUCAUAUGUAUCAACGAAAACCAAAUAUCGUAAUAAAUUGGAUGCUGAAGCAGAUAUGCGCAUUCAACUCUCGCCUAUCAAGCCAAAUAUAAAAAUACUGAUCAAUAAAAAAAGCCAACAUCAUGGAUCACAUUAA